GGCAGGGAAUGGGGCGGUUCUCUCCCGCACAGGGUUAAAAGCAAAUGGAAGAAAAUAUUAAGGCAAGACAGAAAGCUGACUCCUCCUCUGGCAGAUCUCCUCCUGCAGCCUGCACAGUCCCUGCCCUAGAGAGAAACUGAAAAAGCAGAAGGGAGCAGCUCAAGGAACCAAGGAAGCAUUAUUUUGACUGUUGCAUCUAAACAAUGAGUUAUCCAGGUUAUCCUCCUAUGAGCGGCUUUCCCCCAAUCCCCACAGCUAAUAAUCCAUGGGGGGCACCUGGAGGGAACCCUCCUCCUCUUGGACUCGAUAGCAUGGCGGCUACCUUUGGUCAGCAGUACAACCCACAGAGCUAUAUGCAAAACUCAGGGUAUCCUCCAGCUGGUUUUGGAGGUAUGAAUCCAGGCCCAGGAAUGUACCCACAGACUGCAGGUGGUGGAUAUGGGGCACCUCCAGGUGGUGGAUAUGGGGCACCACAGCCUGGUCAACCACAAGUUCCUUCCUAUGGCAUGUUCCCACCAGCUAGUGGAGGCCAACAGCCACAGAUGCCAGGAUAUAAUCAAGGAUAUCCCUCAGCCCCCCUGCCUGGUCAGCCAAUGCCAUCACAUGGGCAUCCGCAAAUGCCAAUGCCUGGUCAGCAACCCAUGCCAGUGCCUGGACAACCACCAAUGGGCAUGCCUGGACAGCCUCCAAUGACCUACCCAAGCCAGCAACCUGUUCCAAGUUAUCCUGCAGGACCAGCUGUAAAUCCUUCUAUGCCAUCGUACCCAUCCCCAGGAAUGCCAGCUGUCACUCCAGGGAAGGUUGCGAAACGAGGAACCAUAACAGAUGCACCAAACUUUGAUCCACUUAGAGAUGCUGAAGUGCUCAGAAAAGCCAUGAAAGGAUUUGGAACAGAUGAACAGGCCAUUAUAGAAUGUCUGGGGAGCAGGUCAAAUAAACAGAGACUGCAGAUUGCACUAUCCUUUAAAACGGCCUAUGGAAAGGAUUUAAUAAAAGACCUGAAGUCUGAGCUUUCUGGAAACUUUGAGAAGGCAGUCCUAGCGAUGUUGAAAGCGCCUUCAGUUUAUGAUGCUUAUGAAAUCCAUGAAGCCAUUAAGGGUGCCGGCACAGAUGAGGCUUGCAUCAUAGAGAUCCUGUCAUCACGCAGUAAUGCAGAGAUCCAAGAAAUCAACAGGGUGUACAAAACAGAAUUUAAGAAGACACUGGAACAGGCUAUUAAGAGUGACACUUCCGGUCACUUCCAGAGACUGUUGAUUUCACUCUCUCAGGGGAACCGAGACGAGAGCAGCCAUGUGGACAUGACAUUAGUCCAACGUGAUGUCCAAGAGCUGUAUGCAGCUGGGGAGAAUCGCCUGGGCACAGAUGAGUCCAAGUUCAACGCCAUCUUGUGUGCUAGGAGCAGACCACAUCUUAAUGCAGUUUUCUCUGAAUACCAGAGGAUGUGCAACCGUGACCUUGAGAAAAGUAUCUGUCGUGAGAUGUCAGGGGAUCUAGAGAGUGGCAUGCUGGCAGUCGUGAAGUGCCUUAAAAACACUCAAGCAUUCUUCGCUGAACGUCUUCACAAAGCAAUGAAGGGCGCUGGCACAAAAGACAAGGCGCUGAUCCGUAUCAUGGUGUCGCGCAGUGAGGUGGAUUUGCUGGAUAUUCGCACAGAGUACAAGAGGCUUUAUGGAAAGUCCCUGUACACAGAUAUCACGGGCGACACAUCUGGAGAUUACCAGAAGAUGCUUCUGAAGCUUUGUGGUGGGAACGAUUAAGCGGUGCCUUUUUCUACGUGGGACAGAAAAAAACCUUGCAUAUCGUUUGUCUGCUCAGUUCUUUAUUCUGUUCAUAUCAAUAGUUUGGUGCCUACCAGAAUGUACUUAGGGGGACAUGCAUCCCAAAAUGUUUCUUUCAUUAUUCAGAUAGAUCACACCAUUUUAAACUUUCCAGUGUAUUUCUAUUAUCUGGUCUGCUUGGUUCUCUUGGUAUCCUUUGUUGAAGGAGCAUCAGUUCAUUACUGGGAGUUAGCUGAAAGCCAAUGGCAAGAUGCAAAUGUGUGCAGCCACCAAUCAGCAACUUCUGAGUCUACCUAGGUAUACUUUUCGGCGGGGGAUACUAAGAGAACAAAGCAAAUUGAAUCGUGGAAGUAAAUUGGAAAGGUAUUUAAAAUUGCAUGCUGUGUCCAAAUCCUGGAAGAAGAAAAUUUGGGUUUCAUGUCCCUUUAACUAAGUGCACCCAACUACAACCAAGUCCAGUGCAAUAUCUCAUUAGCUUGUAGUGGCUUAGAACUGUCCUUAUAUUUACCCAACUGUGUAUACACACAUGACAGGCACAUAUUGACACACACAUGUAUAGCACCUGUCUCCAACACAAAUUCUUCAAAUGUCCAACCAUAUUGCUGUUUCCAUUAUCUACAGCUCUAGAAAAUACAGUUUUUGCUUGCAAUUAA